AUGACAUUAGAGGAAAUCACUUCAAAUUCCAGUCCCAUCCAAGUUGCAUCACAAAAUACAUCUACACUGUUAGAAUCUGAGCCAAAGAACCUACAUGAUCCUAAUACACCAUACGCGACACUUCGAAUCAACCGAAACCGAUUAUCAUGGUUUAGACAAAUCGGCUCAGGCAUCAUACUCGACAUACGUGCUAGGGCUCCAUGGUACAUGAGCGAUUGGAAGGAUGCAUGGAAUUAUAGAGUGAUACCCGCAACCGCUUUGAUUUUCUUUGCAAACGUUCUUCCUGGUAUAGCCUUCUCUUUGGACCUGAUAGAAACCACCGAACAAUAUGGGGUUUCCGAAGUCUUAAUGUCGUCAUUUAUGGCUGCCUUCGUGUUUUCAAUUUUUGGUGCACAACCACUGACAAUUGCAGGAGUAACAGGUCCCAUAACUGUAUUCAACAAAACCAUAUUUGAUAUUCUUUCGCGAGAACCGAAACCACCAGUUUACCUUCACUUCAUAGGGUGGGUGUAUCUAUGGGCGGCGAUUCUCCAUUGGAUAACCGCACUACUUAAUUUCUGCAACUUCCUCAAAUAUGUCACCCUCUUCUCAUGUGACACUUUUGGAUUCUAUGUUUCAUGGGUAUACCUUCAAUAUGGCAUUCAAGUCCUCACACGCCAAUUUGGACCCACAAUACAAGAUUCGAUAGAAGAGCAAGGGGCCCUAGUUUCUAUAAUACUCGCCAUUCUUAUGCUGGUCACGGCAUUUUUGUUUGAUUCUUUGUCACAGACACAGUAUUUCCAUAGGCAUAUACGCCGAUUCUUGGCAGACUACGGUAUGCCAAUAUCUCUCAUCGCAUCUUCGGCAAUGGCGUACUGGGGUCGCUUCAAUGCAGCAAACCCACUGACUCUCCCAACUGGUCAUGCAUUCCAGGCUGCGGGCGGCAGAGGCUGGCUUGUAAAGUUUUGGGAGCUGGAUGGAAAAUGGGUUGGAAUCGCAUUUCCGUUUGGAUUCAUUCUUUGGGUCCUCUUUUUCUUUGACCACAAUGUUUCUUCCCUGAUGGCUCAAGGAUCGGAAUUUCCUCUGCGAAAACCUCCAGGAUUCCACUAUGAUUUUUUCUUGCUUGGUAUCACAACCUUUCUGGCUGGAAUCUUGGGGCUCCCAGCUCCCAAUGGACUUAUACCCCAGGCACCUAUCCAUACUACCUCUUUGACGGUGAUGGGUCCAAGCCUAAAAGAUGAGGAAGGUCAAGGGACUACAAGUUCUCGCACACGAACUCAGUCAGAUAUACAAUCUCAGAGACAAUCUUCGAUCAAUGAACAGUUCUCACAGCACCCUUCUGACCCACCUAGUGGACAUAGGCGUGAGGUACCUGUGAGUGUCGUUGAGCAGAGACUCUCAAACCUUGCACAAGGUAGUCUGUGUCUUGUACUACUUACAGGUCCAUUUCUUCAUCUGCUGCACCUGAUUCCUCGCGGAGUUCUUGCCGGCUUGUUUUGGUACAUGGGGGCUGCGGCGCUACGUGCGAAUGGAAUAACACAAAAAAUCCUAUAUCUCUUUCAAGACAAAGCACUUACGUCCACACAUGAGCCACUCCGUAGAGUCCGUAAAUCGAGGAUAAUCCUCUUCAUAGGAGUCCAAUUAGUAGGCUUCGGGGCAACAUUUGCUGUCACACAAACAAUCGCCGCCAUUGGAUUUCCAGUCAUCAUCAUGCUCCUCCUGCCCAUUCGCACAUUCAUGAUUCCCAAAUUACCUUUCAGUAGAGAGGAAUUGGCUAUUCUUGAUGGUCCCACCGCAUCACCCUUUACCAUGGCUUCUGUUGGUGGGACUCUUUGA